CUCCUCCUCGCCCAGGCGCGCUCGGCCCGAGCGGCGGCGGCGGCGGCGGCCGAGGAAAAAAGAUGGCGGCGGGCUCGGAUCUGCUGGACGAGGUCUUCUUCAACAGCGAGGUGGACGAGAAAGUGGUGAGCGACCUGGUGGGCUCGCUCGAGUCGCAGCUGGCGGCCAGCGCGGCCCACCACCACCACCUCGCGCAGCGCACGCCCGAGGUGCGGGCCGCGGCCGCCGGCGCGCUCGGGAACCAUGUUGUGAGCGGCAGCCCGGCCGGAGCCGCGGGCGCAGGGCCGGCCGCCCCCGCCGAGGGCGCGCCCGGAGCGGCGCCGGAGCCGCCCCCCGCAGGUAGAGCGCGGCCGGGGGGCGGGGGGCCGCGGCGCCCGGGCCCCCCCUCACCGCGCCUCCCCCUUGUCCCCGCAGGGCCCGCGCCGCCCGCCGCGAAGCUGAGGCCGCCGCCCGAGGGCAGCGCGGGGGCCUGCGCCCCGGUGCCCGCCGCCGCCGCCGCCGCCGCCGCGGGGCCCGAGCCCGCCCCCGCCGGCCCCGCCAAGCCCGCCGGCCCCGCCGCGCUGGCCGCCCGCGCCGGCCCCGGCCCCGGCCCUGGGCCCGGCCCCGGCCCCGGCCCCGGCAAACCCGCCGGCCCCGGCGCCGCGCAAACUUUGAAUGGGAGCGCCGCGCUGCUGAACUCGCACCACGCCGCCGCACCUGCUGUCAGCCUGGUCAACAACGGGCCCGCCGCGCUGCUGCCGCUGCCUAAGCCCGCCGCCCCCGGCACUGUCAUCCAGACGUCCCCCUUCGUGGGCGCCGGCGCGCCCCCCGCGCCCGCCGCGCCCUCGCCCCCUGCCGCCCCCGCGCCCGCCGCCCCCGCAGCUGCCCCGCCCCCGCCGUCCCCCGCGCCCACCACCCUGGCCCGGCCGCCCGGCCACCCCACCGGACCCCCGACCGCCGCGCCCGCCGCGCCGCCCCCCGCCGCCGCCCAGAACGGGGGCAGCGCCGGAGCGGUCCCCGCCCCCGCCCCGACCACUGGGGGCCCCGCGGGGGUCAGCGGACAGCCUGGGCCCGGCGCGGCGGCCGCGGCGCCCGCGCCGGGGGUCAAGGCCGAGUCGCCCAAGACGGUGGUGCAGGCGGCCCCCCCGCCAGCGCAGACCCUGGCGGCCAGCGGCCCGGCCAGCACGGCGGCCAGCAUGGUCAUCGGGCCAACUAUGCAAGGGGCUUUGCCCAGUCCCGUCGCCGUCCCGCCGCCUGCCCCCGGGACCCCCACCGGGCUGCCCAAAGGCGCGGCCGGCGCGGUGACCCAGAGCCUGCCCCGGACGCCUACGGCCACCACCAGCGGGAUCCGGGCCACUCUGACGCCCACCGUGCUGGCUCCUCGUCUGCCGCAGCCGCCUCAGAACCCGACCAACAUCCAGAACUUCCAGCUGCCCCCAGGAAUGGUUCUCGUCCGAAGUGAGAAUGGGCAGCUCUUAAUGAUUCCUCAGCAGGCCCUGGCCCAGAUGCAGGCGCAAGCCCAUGCCCAGCCUCAGACCACCAUGGCACCCCGCCCUGCCACCCCCACAAGUGCCCCUCCUGUCCAGAUCUCCACCGUACAGGCACCUGGGACACCUAUCAUUGCCCGGCAGGUGACCCCAACUACCAUAAUUAAGCAAGUGUCUCAGGCCCAGACCACGGUGCAGCCCAGCGCAACCCUACAGCGCUCGCCCGGCGUCCAGCCUCAGCUCGUUCUGGGUGGUGCUGCCCAGACGGCUUCACUCGGGACGGCGACGGCUGUUCAGACAGGGACUCCUCAGCGCACAGUUCCAGGGGCGACUACCACUUCCUCAGCUGCCACAGAAACCAUGGAAAACGUGAAGAAAUGUAAAAAUUUUCUAUCUACGUUAAUAAAACUGGCUUCGUCUGGCAAGCAGUCCACAGAGACAGCAGCUAAUGUGAAAGAGCUCGUGCAGAAUUUACUGGAUGGAAAAAUCGAAGCAGAAGAUUUCACAAGCAGGUUAUACCGAGAACUUAAUUCUUCACCUCAACCUUACCUUGUGCCUUUCCUGAAGAGGAGCUUACCUGCCUUGAGACAGCUGACCCCCGACUCCGCGGCCUUCAUCCAGCAGAGCCAGCAGCAGCCGCCACCCGCCUCACAGGCCACGACUGCACUCACGGCUGUGGUGCUGAGUGGCUCGGUCCAGCGCACAGCCGGGAAGACGGCGGCCACUGUGACCAGUGCCCUCCAGCCCCCUGUGCUCAGCCUCACGCAGCCCACGCAGGUCGGCGUCGGCAAGCAGGGGCAACCCACGCCGCUGGUGAUCCAGCAGCCUCCGAAGCCAGGAGCCUUGAUCCGGCCCCCGCAGGUGACUUUGACGCAGACACCCAUGGUCGCGCUGCGGCAGCCUCACAACCGGAUCAUGCUCACUACACCUCAGCCGGUCCAGCUGAGCCCGCUGCAGCCAGUCCCUGUGGUGAAACCCGCCGUGUUACCUGGAGCCAAAGCCCUUUCUGCUGUCUCGGCACAAGCAGCUGCUGCACAGAAAAAUAAACUCAAGGAGCCUGGGGGAGGUUCGUUUCGGGAUGAUGAUGACAUUAAUGAUGUUGCAUCGAUGGCAGGAGUAAACCUGUCAGAAGAAAGUGCAAGAAUAUUAGCCACCAACUCUGAACUGGUGGGCACGCUGACACGGUCCUGUAAAGACGAAACCUUCCUCCUCUCAGCGCCUUUGCAGAGAAGAAUAUUAGAAAUAGGUAAAAAACACGGUAUCACUGAAUUACAUCCAGAUGUAGUAAGUUAUGUAUCACAUGCCACGCAACAAAGGCUACAGAAUCUUGUAGAGAAAAUAUCAGAAACGGCUCAGCAGAAGAACUUCUCUUACAAGGAUGACGACAGAUAUGAGCAGGCGAGUGAUGUCCGGGCACAGCUCAAGUUUUUUGAACAGCUUGAUCAAAUCGAAAAGCAGAGGAAGGACGAGCAGGAGCGGGAGAUCCUGAUGAGGGCAGCAAAGUCUCGGUCAAGACAAGAAGAUCCAGAACAGUUAAGGCUGAAACAGAAGGCAAAGGAGAUGCAGCAACAGGAACUGGCACAGAUGAGACAGCGCGACGCCAACCUCACGGCACUAGCAGCGAUCGGGCCCAGGAAAAAGAGGAAAGUGGACUGUCCGGGACCGGGUUCGGGAGCAGAGGGGUCGGGCUCCGGCUCAGUGGUCCCAGGCAGCUCGGGUGUUGGAACCCCCAGGCAGUUCACACGACAAAGAAUUACACGGGUCAACCUCAGGGACCUCAUAUUUUGUUUAGAAAAUGAACGAGAGACAAGCCAUUCACUGCUGCUCUACAAAGCAUUCCUUAAGUGACACAGGAGGACGCCUGGGGACUUUUAUAUAUUUGCAGAUUACGCCUUUUUGUAACAAGCAAAUGGGAUAUUGUUUAAAAAACAGCCACCUCUUUACAAUGGAACAGUUUUAUAUUCCUGUUUCUAAAUCAACUCUUCAGUGUGGAAGAAAAUACGUUUCUGUAACAGAGAGAACACAAAGGCCUGUGGAUACUCUUAAAGGACAAUUAAAUCUUAACUCAUCUUGAUUGAGUGGCCUUCUUGCCAAACAAGCCAUAUAUAAAGACUGAUGGAAUCGUUAGCAAAUAAUUAGCUGCCCUCUGUCAACUCAUAGCAGUUUCUGCUAUUUGUGCAUUUUGGUUUAGUUCUACCUAACUUACCAUGUAGGUGUCUGUCUACAGCCGAUGACCUCAUUUCCUUUAUUUUAUUUUUGUAAUAGUCAGUUGGCAAAGCAAACUGAUUUUUUAGACUAUUUAUCUUCCUUCCCCUCUCCUCCCAACUCCUUCCCUGCCCUCCCCUCGCCUCCCCUCCGCUGAGAGUCCUGCAGGAGGACACAAUUCAUCUUGGCGCCCCCACCUCAGAGUGUAAUCACAUUUCUGCUUAGUAGCGGCAGAGCCCAGCAAAGGUGGGCUCCUUCUGAAUGUGUGGUCAGCAUCUGUACAAAUGCAUUUUAUUUGCUAUAGUUUGUAAAGUUGUAAAGUUAAAAGAGAUGAAAACCUUUUCAGCAUAAAUAUAUUUUACUUGCACUGUGUUUUUUAGCUAAAAGUGAAAACCUAGAUUAAAUAAAAUCAAAGUUGAGAAGAAUCAUCAAGACUGUUUCUCGGUGUGAAUCAAGUGUUGAAAAUGGUUGGUGUAUUUUGUCAGUAACUGUACAUACUUUGGCACAUGACAGAAUGGCUAUGUAAACUAGAACUAUUUUGCUAAGACACUGUAUGCAAGCCUUGGGCCGACUUGACAGGCGUCCAGAGCAAAGCCCUUCUUUGUACCUAUUUUUUUAUUACAAAUAUACUAAUUGGUUCUUUAUAUUUUCAGAGGUUAUUGUAUGAAAUUGUCUAUUGAUAGUACUUUUAUGACUGUAAAUACUCCGGCUUUCUCCAUGUGAAUUCUCACGUUAGACUUUAAUUCGAGCGCGUGUGAACUGAACGCUGAUCAGUAUUUUUUAUCAACACCUGAGAACUGUUACACCUUUUAUUUUGUCUUUUAGGAAAUCCCCGUCUUUCCAUUUUUUCAUGUAAAUUUUGCACAGUUACUUGUUCAUAUGUAAAUAUUUUACUUUCAAAAAUGAAGUUUUUAAUUGCUAUUGUUUUAUAUAGGAUUGAAAGAAAAUUAACUCCUUUAUUAAAAACAAAUUUAUCUGUA